AGAAGCGCAAAAUUUGAAGGAGGCUGUGUUCCAGCUCGUGUAUUGUUUCACAAUGUGCAAAUAAGGUAAGUUUGCCUUUAAACACGAAUUGAAUCAAUUUCCCCCCCUCCAAUCCCAAACCUCCCACAGCCAUUGUGCUUUACCUGGGCUGCUGUUAAAGGCACUUCUGUGAACCAGAGGUCCAAUGUGGAAUCCUAGGGAUAGGUGAAUCUACAAUUUUCGUUUCUCCAGGUUCCUUGUUUCCUAUCUUCACAAUCAUCAGUUUAGUUUUCUAUAUUGGCUUGUGCAUUUUUCUUAAGUCUUCAUGAAAUUUUGCCAGCAUUUUAUUGCACAGUAUUCCUGAUAUACAUAUUUUUGCAUGCAGAUUUGCAUACUUUAUGUUUCCCCCCAAUACACAGCAUUUCCCCCUAAUACAAUGCAUUUCCCCAUGUUAUUUUCAUAAAUAUAUACAUUUAUGCACACUUUCUUCUAACGCAUACAUUCUUGUACAGACCGUUUGGUUGGAGAACUACAAUGCAAAAUUCAGAAAAGUGUGAAGGCUUCUUAUAUUUCGCUUUGCAUAUUUCCCCCCCAGAAAACUUUAGGGAAGCUUGCAUUAAAAUGCGAACGAAACUGAAUAUCUCUUCCUACAUACUGAAAGCGCUCCUAAUUAGAUUGUCUAAACAGGGCUUAAGAACAUAGUCCAUAACCACCUGUAAUGCAGCAAUAUGCAGCUGUCCCAUUUGGGGAUCAACCUGUGCAUUUGGUAUUAUAAGCACCAUGAUCUAAUCAACUGAGAUAUCCUUGCUUCCAUGAGAAUAGCCUUCUGGAUCAGGCCAGUGGCCCAUAUAGUCCAGCAUUCUGUUCCCAAAAUCUGUUACGGUGGUACCUUGGAAGUUGAACGGAAUCUGUUCCGGAAGUCCGUUCGACUUCCAAAAUGUUUGGAAACCAAGGUGCGGCUUCCAAUUGGCUGCAGGAAGCUCCUGCAGCCAAUUGGAAGCCGCAAAAGCCAUGUUGGAUGUUCAGGUUCCAAAGAAUGUUCACAAACCGGAACUCUCACUUCCGGGUUUGCAGCGUUUGGGAGGCAAAACGCUCAACUCGCAAGACAUUCGGGAUCCUAGGUGCGGCUGUAUUUGGAAGCCUUUGCCUCGGACCGUGGAGGCAGAGAAUAGACAUCAUGUCUAGUAGCCAUUGGUAGGCUUUUCCUCCAUGAAUGUGUCUGAUCCUCUUUUAAAGCCAUCCAUCUUGAUGGUCAUCAAUGCCUCCUGGGGGAGCAAAUUCCAUAAUUUGACUAUGUGCUGUGUGAAAUACCGUAUUUUUCGCUCCAUAAGACACACUUUUUUUCCUCCUAAAAAGUAAGGGGAAAUGUCUGUGCGUCUUAUGGAGUGAAUGUGUGGUCGAUUGCUGGCUCCCUUUCCGUUCCGGCCCCUUGCCCAGGUCUCCAUUGUUGAAUGUUCUGCAGAUGGAGGUCUUUUAUUUCCCCAGAGACAUGUGACUGGCUGAUUAGGUUAUCUAUCUGGAAACUGUAGAAACGGCUCCCUUUCCUUUCCUAAAGAAGCUGCAGAACUGUGAGCUGAUCCCCCAAAAAACGGGGCUUUCUCCCUUUCGUCCUCAAAAAACUACGUGCGUCUUAUGGCCAGGUGCGUCUUAUGGAGCGAAAAAUACAGCCUCUUUUAUCUGUCUUAAAUCUGCCAACAGACUAUAUAAGCAAUCACCCUUAUUUCCAGCUUCAAAGCCCUGAACGAUAUUAUUCCAUCUGUUCUUCCCAAAACAAAGGUCAUCACAAGCAUCUUAUUUCUGAAACUCCGUGCAUUCAUUUGUUCCUGCUUCUGUUCGGUUGGUGUUUUUUAAAAUGUAAGCAGGUGGAUCUCUCCUGGUCUAGAGGCAAAUUCGUUAAGACAUCUUAUUACAAAAACAUCCAUUUCUGAAUGUUAGGAAACAUCAAAUGUUCUGGUUGUCUAAAGCAGCUCUAUCGUUCAGUAUGAUUCUUUUUUUUCCCAUAGUGUAUCAAAACAAAAAUAAUAAAAGACCCUGUUUUAGGCAAACAAGGCCUUUAAUAGAAGGUCCUUAAGGGAUCUUUGCAUGCCUCUGUUAUGGGGUCUGCUUGAUCCCCUGUUACAAGGUGCAGUGCGUGUCGUUAAAAUGGUUCAUGAACAAAUGUGUGGCAGCUUGACUGACAGUUCAAAGGCAUCACUGCAUCUCCCGAGUCCUCUUCCUCUCCCGAAAAUGCCAUUAACUAUGUGAUUCAUCAAUCAAUGCUUUAUAUAACCCAAAAACAUUUCCAUUUGGUUACCCACCAGGUUCCAUUUCUUGAAGUGGGGCACCAAUGUUCUCCGUGGGCAGAAACUGUCAAUUGUAUCUAGUUAGAUUCUAAGCAAUGCAAGGGGGAUUUUAUUUUUAUUUUUUAAAAGAGGGGUUGUCCUGAAUGAAAGUAGUUGGCCAGAAAUACCCCUAGAUGUUGUGUUUGUUGUUUCAACUAUUUUUAGAAGGCUAGAGGGAAGAAGACAUGACUGGCUAAAAUUGGGGGCACCAGAAGCGGCAGAGACCCACUAGGGCUGUUACAAAAACUUGAGCAAUAAUGAUCCACUGGGCAGCCAAUAGAAGAAGACAUAGUCCUCCUCUGCUUUCUACUCCAUCCCUCCAGGAGCAAAGAACUCACCAUGGCAGCUGUGGAUGGGGUAGCAGGCAGCGGAGAAGUCCUUCGAAGGUGAGAGAGUCCCAUCAGGCUUCUCCUUUCUUACUCAAAGUGUUUGCAAAAGGGAAACAGGGCUGCCUUGGGGAUAGUCGGGAUGGUGAAACAACAAGCUGAGGUUCGGUUGGGACAUUUCAAGUUGAUUGGCAGCGCUUGCAAUGUCUUGCUCAACUCAUGGCUCUCUGCAAGCUUCGGCAAUUAGUUGAUCACCAUGGAUGGGCCACCGAGCAACCCCUUCUCCCCCCCCCUCAAUUUUGUGGGGCCAAAAGGUGGCCAGGAAAUAGCAAGCACGCAAACAUCGUGUCCAUGGCCACUAUCCUGGCAGCAUCUUCCGUUUCCAGGUUCAGCCACAUAUCUGCUGGCAGCAGGGUCUCUUUGCCCUUUCCUUCCUUCUGCCAAACAUUCUAUUCUUAUUUGCUUGACAUAUUUUACACUUUCUCCAUAUUUGGUAGGUUGUUCUUCUUACCUCAAACGGGCCCAGCUGCAACUAGGAAUGGGGUCAAUCUGUCAAUUUCAGUUUCUCUCCAUUUUUAUUACCCCACUCUUAAGUUUAGAUCUCUACAUUUAAACACGAGCUUGCAAUGCCAAAAAAACCAAAAACAAACGCCACAGGAAACGCCGCAGAUCACUCCUAAUUUAUACACCUUUUAAUGGCAAUUUUGUGGCAUUUUGACCUAACACACACAUUUUUGCAAGCAAUUUCCCCUAAUAUAAUGCAUGUGAGAGCUGGACCAUAAAGAAGUGAGAGCUGGACCAUAAAGAAGGCUGAUGGCCGAAGAAUUGAUGCUUUUGAAUUCUGGUGCUGGAGGAGACUCUUGAGAGUCCCAUGGACUGCAAGAAGAUCAAACCUAUCCAUUCUGAAGGAAAUCAGCCCUGAGUGCUCGCUGGAAGGACAGAUCCUGAAGCUGAGGCUCCAAUACUUUGGCCACCUCAUGAGAAGAGAAGACUCCCUGGAAAAGACCCUGAUGUUGGGAAAGAUGGAGGGCACAAGGAGAAGGGGACGACAGAGGACAAGAUGGUUGGACAGUGUUCUCGAAGCUACCAGCAUGAGUUUGACCGAACUGCAGGAGGCAGUGGAAGACAGGAGUGCCUGGUGUGCUCUGGUCUAUGGGGUCACGAAGAGUCGGACACGGCUAAAUGACUAAACAACAACAACAAUGUUGUUUUCACUAAUGUCUCAAUUUUUAUGCACAUGUUACCCUAGUAUAUGCUUCUUCUUUUUUUGUAGAAAUUAUUUGGCUGGAGAUCUGCAUUGCCAAAUUCAGAUGACUAUGAAUUCCAAAGGGCUGGCAGUGUUUCGGUCCUCAUGUUGUUAUGGAAUGAUGCAAGUUCGCCUUUAAAUGCAAACUGAAUUGACCCCACCUCCCGCAUCCCUCGUUGUAACUAAGCUUCCAAUCUGAUUUGAAUUGUUUGCCUAACCAGCCACUUUUCAUCCUGUAACAAUGGCUACAAUUAAUCAGUAUUUUCAUCUCUGCCGUAGAACUGGUUAUUCUUGUAUUCUAAGUUCCAGUUUGGUUUUGGUUUUUUUUAGUGUUAUAUAGUAUUGCACUCCCCUGUAUACCAGUGUAUGUUGUCUGGUGUAUAUUGAACCGAAACUACUCUCUUUAAAUAGGUAAAGGCAAAGGUACCCCUGACCGUUAGGUCCAGUCGCGGACAACUCUGGGUUUGCGUGCUAAAAAUCUAAAGAUUUCAUAAUGUGUGAUCAAUUGCACAUAUAGACAUGCAUGCCAAUAGGAACAAGUCCUUUUUAACUGGCGCUGGUUAUUUGCUAAUGUCUAAGUUGAGAAGAUGGGAAGCAGGCAGGUAGACGAUACUAGAACACCCUAGAGACUUAGGAUUGCUUUUUUGGAACUGUUUAUUUGCAAAUGUAGAGGUUAAGCAAGUAGGAAUCAAGCAUGCUGGCAGAUAGGUCCACUAGAGCCAGGGUGGUGUAGUGGUUAAGAGUGGUAGAUUCGUAAUCUGGGGAACCGGGUUCGCGUCUCCGCUCCUCCACAUGCAGCUGCUGCGUGACCUUGGGCUAGUCACAUUUCUCUGAAGUCUCUCAGCCCCACUCACCUCACAGAGUGCUUGAUGUGGGGGAGGAAGGGAAAGGAGAAUGUUAGCCACUUUGAGACCCCUUCGGGUGGUGAUAAAGCAGGAUAUCAAAUCAAAACUAGGUAAAGGUAAAAGGACCCCUGACCAUUAGGUCCAGUCGUGACCGACUCUGGGGUUGUGGCGCUCAUCUCGCUUUAUUGGCCGAGGGAGCCAGCGUACAGCUUCCGGGUCAUAUGGCCAGCAUGACUAAGCCACUUCUGGCAAACCAGAGCAUCACACGGAAACGCCGUUUACCUUCCCGCCGGAGCGGUACCUAGCUAUCUACUUGCAGUUUGACAUGCUUUCGGACUGCAAGGUUGGCAGGAGCAGGGACCAAGCAACAGGAGCUCACCCCCUCGCGGGGAUUCAAGCCGCCGACCUUCUGAUCGGCAAGUCCUAGGCUCUGUGGUUUAACCACUGCCAGUCAAAAACACAGUAGCCACUCCCCCCCCCCAGCAAGCUCCAAACUCUGCCUUCCUACAUUCAAACUGCAAAAACUUCCUCUCAGCCCAUAAAUGGAACUUCCUACAGCCAGUCAUUCUUGGCACCGUAAGCCCACCUACACAAUGAACGGCUGCACGUUUGUUUAUUCGCGUGCUCAACUUUGCACCUUGCAGAAAACUAUUACGAACAUCUCGAUUCUUGGUUAGGCUCAGCUCCCCAAAUACUUGGGGUGGUGGUGUCGCUAUUCAUAGCAGAACUGUCAAGCAAACGUCAUCCGAUGAGUACCUAAUGAAAAAAGCAGGUUAUCGUCCCCCUCUCUCGUUUUUCCCCUGCCAUUUUUCAGAGGUGCAUGCUUGUGUUGAAGGAGGGAAGCUUGGGAAAGAAUCCAGAUGGUUGAAAGUGGGGGGGGGGCAGACACAAAUAGCCUCUGCUCCAGAUUUCUUCCCAAUAAGUUUUGCUCUGAACAUUUUUUAGAGGGAGAAGGGGUUCGCCUCUCAGCACAGCCAUCACCCUAUUCCUGAUCAUGCAGGAAUAAUGCGAAGAGUAUUUGGUAAGCAACUAGAUAAGGCUGCAGCUCCUACUUUAAAAGAUAAAUGAAUGAGCAGCCUAAUUCAAAUUCCGGUCCAUGUAACUCGGGUAGGGAGGUUAACCCUUUCCUCACACAUUUUUCUGUGUUUUCCCCAGUACGAGCGCCGCCACAUCCAAAUGCUAUGGGGUCGCUAACCUGGGUAGCCCUCCAGAUAUUGCUGGGCUCCAACUCCCACCAGCCCCAGAUGAUGUAGUCCAUGGUCAGGGAUGAUGGGAGUGGUAGUCCAACAUCAUUUGGAGGGCCAGAGCUGAGUGACCUUUACUGACGCUAUUUGUCCUGUAGGGCAGCAGUCAGUUUUUAAAGGGAUGGUUUUCAUAUGAAUAGAGGGGAAAGGUUAAUAGUCCCUGUCACCAUUGUCCCAAUCCAAAACAGUCACCUAUGUUCAUACACAACCCUUCAGAAUCAACCCCAUCCAAUUGGCUGCUGACCAUAGCUGUCAACUUUCCCCCUUUCUUGUGAGGAAUCCUAUUUGGAAUAAGGGAAUUUCCCUUUAAAAAAGGGAAACGUUGACAGCUAUGCUGCUGACACUAUGCAGGUGCACUAACACUAACAGUGCACUCAGAUUUUUCCCUCUCUGUGAACCAUCUGACUUCAUGGUUGCAAGAUGCGUAGAGAACAAUUCAGUCUUACUGUAGAGUUCUGAUUAUUCAUUUCAAUACAGUGGUACCUCGGGUUACAGAUGCUUCAGGUUACAGACUCCGCUAACCCAGAAAUAGUACCUCGGGUUAAGAACUUUGCUUCAGGAUGAGAACAGAAAUCGCACGGCAGCAGUGGGAGGCCACAUUAGCUAAAGUGGUACCUCAGGUUAAGGACAGUUUCAGGUUAACAACAGACCUCCGGAACGAAUUAAGUUCUUAACCCGAGAUACCACUGUACUGUCUGUCACACAGACAUGCACACAUACACAAUCUGCACCAAAUUAUUUCUGUGUGGAGUUUUCCUGUUCAAGUUCCAGCCAGGCAGUCAGGCUUUCAACCAGGGCGUGCCGUUUUCUGUUUCCCACGCCCAACAGACUUUCAGCAUUCCAUGGCCAGGGAGCAUGCUCAGUCCUAAAUGGGUAUUUUUUUUGUUCUCCCCAAAGUGGAAGGAUCCUUUAAGGCAGACAUCCCCAAACUCAGCCCUCUAGAUGUUUUGGGACUACAAUUCACAUCAUCCCUGACCACUGGUCCUGUUAGCUAGGGAUGGUGGGAGUUGUAGUCCCAGAACAUCUGGAGGGCCAAGUUUGGGGAUGCCUGCUUUAAGGGAAUUUCCCCCUACUUUCUGCAAAACUCUGGGUUCUCUCAAGCACAUUGAUAGCCUCCCCAUAUUUCUGAAUUGCCCUGUUUGGGCUGCAAAGUUGUGGGUACUCAGUUUCUGCAGUCAAUUUUAGUGGGAAAAGAUGGAUAAAUGGAUUGAUGGAUGAAUGAAAGACACACACACACACACACACACACACACACACACACACUGAUAGUUCUUCCUUUCUUAAGAACCUCAAGCACCACUUCUCCCCAUAUGAGCCAACCUGGACCCUGCAAUCAUCACCUGAGGCCCUUCUUUGUGUGCCUUUCCCCAAGAGAGGGCAGAGGGUGACAACACGAGUACAGGCCUUUCCUGUGGUGGCUCCCCAUUUAUGGAAUGCUCUCCCCAUUAAAACUCACCAGGCGCCUUCAUUACAUAUCAUUAGGCUCCAGGCAAAAACAUUCCUCUUCUCCCAGGCCUUUGGUUAAUUAAACCAUCUAUGGCAUUAAAAGUGUUUGUGGGAGGGAAGUUAUUGGUUCCCUUUUGCUGUUUUGUGUCAUUAUGUACUUUAUGCUCUCAUUUUGCAUUUUUACGCUGUGAAGUGCCCUGCAAUCCUCAGAUGGCAGGCAGUCUACAAAUUUGUUGUUGUUUAGUCAUUUAGUCGUGUCCGACUCUUCGUGACCCCAUGGACCAGAGCACGCCAGGCACUCCUGUCUUCCACUGCCUCCCGCAGUUUGGUCAGACUCAUGUUUGUAGCUUCGAGAACACUGUCCAACCAUCUCGUCCUCUGUCGUCCCCUUCUCCUUGUGCCCUCCAUCUUUCCCAACAUCAGGGUCUUUUCCAGGGAGUCUUCUCUUCUCGUGAGGUGGCCAAAGUAUUGGAGCUUCAGCUUCACGAUCUGUCCUUCCAGUGAGCACUCAGGGCUGAUUUCCUUCAGAAUGGAUAGGUUGGGAAAGAGUGUUUGUGAUGACCAGCUUGUUCUCUUGGCAGAACUCUAUUAGCUUUUGCCCUGCUUCGUUUUGAACUCCAAGGCCAAACUUGCCAGUUGUUCCUUUUAUCUCAUGACUCCCUACUUUAGCAUUUCAAUCCCCUAUAAUGAGAAGAACAUCCUUCUUUGGUGUCAUUUCUAUAAGGUGUUGUAAGUCUUCAUAGAAUUGGUCAAUUUCUGUUUCUUCAGCACCAGUGGUUGGUGCAUAAACUUGGAUUACUGUGAUGCUACAAGGUCUGCCUUUUAUUACUAAAUAAUAAUAAACAAAUUCUUACAGAAUCCCCAACUAUGUGCAUUUCAUUAGUUCUCUGCCCUGCGUUUCAUUUCCUCUUCCUUGCCUCACAAUUCCUUUUUUUAAAGAAAAUCUGUUUUGUUGCCUUAUUGAGCAUCAGUUAACGCCCAAAGGGGACAGAAACUCUCUGCAUCUUAUUAGACCUCUUCUCAAAAUGCUGGUCUUGGUUCUCAUGUCGCGAUGCCUUGCGUUAUUAGCAUCCCUUCACAAGAGCUUCCCGAAUUGGCUUGGCUAAGAUUUACCGACGUGUAAAUGGAGGGAUGACCCAUCAGCCUCUGCUCAUUAUUGGGGCACUUUUUAUCUAUAGGGAGAGAAGUUAAUGACAGACGCUCUCUCGCUCUCUCUCUUCUCUCUCUCUCUCUCUCCCUGCCUGAUGUCAGAGCUGAGAAAGCUAUGAAGGGUAUAUAAGUGCUUGUAUCGCUUGCGAACAAGGCAGGUGGGGGGGGAAAGGUAACCCAGAGUCAGAAGCAAGUGUGGGAUCCCUGCACGAUUGCUUCCAAUACUGGCAUUUGCUAGAUUUCCUCGGCUCCUUCCUCAGCCACUGACAGGUAACCGGGUUCUUAUUUGGAAACCGAAAUCAGAAAAAAGUAUAGAAAAGAGGGGUGGAUUCUAAAGUAACGCAAACUGGAAAUUUUGCCGGGAUUGAUGGCAAAUUGUUAAGGCAGAAUUCUGUUAAAACAUCUGCGGAAACAGAGGAGAUGUUUUCUAAUCGUUUAGAUUGGAAUGGGGAUCUUCGGGCUAUUAUUUCUGUUCUGACUGAAUAUUCAGUGUGGAUGCAAUUGUAGUGCUCAGUGAAUGUUUCUGGCUGAAGUUUGUCUUGUGUGAUUUCUUUCCCCACCACUCCCAGAAAGACCCAGAGGAGAGAUGUGCAGCCUCAAAGGACCCUUCCUUUUCAUCAUUUUGUCUAUUACUUUAAAUUCCCUGGAAGCGACGCCUGUCGACAGGUCGGUAACCAUUAAGCAUAUUCUGCUUUUUAAAAAGAAGUCAAAUGAUUUUUAUUUUUUUGUAGUGGAUUUGGGGGUUUGGGUGUUGUUGUUUUUGGCCAUAUCAGUUGCAAAAGGCAGAGGGAGGGCAGGAGAUAAAGAGGAAGGGAAGGAGAAGGAGGAGAAGAGUGAAAAGAAAGAGCAAUUUUGCUUUUUAUCAUUGUUUAAAGACUUCUCUCCUUGGCUGAUGAUUUAUCCGAUGGCACUCCCAACAGACAAGAGUGGCUCUUACCCAUCGUCUCCCGAAGUAGCGGCUUCUUGGGAAUUAACAGUGCACUGAUCGGUGAGGAAGCGAUAAAGCCCAAAAGGUACCAGAUUUGUUUGGAUUGCUUUUGAUUCAGAUGCAAAAGAUACUCAGAGGGACAGUGUGUUGUGAAGUGCAUUUGAGGCUCGCCUAGGCAUUGCGAUUCUGUUCAAGUUCCUGUGGUUAUUCAUAUCUCCAGACAAUGUUUGCAAUAUUCUCCAGCUCCACACCUUCAGAUGCAAUCUGCACUUUCGCUCUUUCCACUGCUAGCAUAUUUGGCAGUGCUUCUGUUUUAUAGACGUUCUGCUAACAAGUCUCUCAUAGCUGCCUAAGAUUUUAACCCUCCUUGAAUUUAUUUCUAAAAAGCACUUUACCAAUCAGGUAGUAAGAUUGAAUAGAUCACAAAUUUGGAUUUUUUAUUUUUUUAUGUGGUGAACUUGACAAUGAUGCCAAUUUCAUUUAAUUAUGAGAUUGCAUGAAGUGUUAUUGUUGAUACAGCAAGGAUAUAGAUAUAAAUCUGGGGUGUCUCAUGAACUCCAGUGUUAUUUCGUAGAGGUCACCUUUUUCCUUGAACAUAAACUUUCUUGGAAGUAGAAAAUAAAAAUACAAAUACUGAAUGGCUGUCAGCAAUUUAUCCUAACUACUCUAAUCCAUAAGAAAUAGCUAUGGGGCGAACAAGUGGGAAGAUUUAAGAGUAUUAAGAUUAUUUAGAUCUCUAAUACCUUGAGUAUGCAGUAUUUCAUUAUUUCCCAUUUGCUUUAAUUAGAAUCAAACUGACCCCCAAGGCCAUUUUAAUGAAAUAAAAAAAGGAGGAAUGCUUGACAUAUUUUGGGGGGCAUAUUAAAUAUCAGAAAAGCCACAAAGACGCAUGACUCAAACUUUUGAGACUUUUCAAACUUUGCAAAGGUUUCGUUUUGCAUGGAGUUACUGCUUUUUGAUUUCUCAAAGGAUUCUUGCAUAGGAUUUUUCUUUCCUCCCAUCCUAAAAAGAUCUUCAGGAGAGAGUGUUAGCAGGCAUGGAAAUAAGACUUUUGUUUUUAAGUCUUCCUUGCUCAGAUAAAUGUACACGGUUGUUCACACAUUACACUGCACACAGGUAUAAGCUGUCACUCCACACGUACAAGUGUUGGGGUGAAAAAGCGAGCCCUUGUUCAUUUGUACACAGGUGACUAUACAGUCAUUGAACAUUACUUGUGAAUUACUGUACGAGUGUGCACAGCUCAACUAUUUUCAUACACACACUGUGCAUUCGUCGAAUGUAAUGUGUGAAUGUUCCUUACAACUUAAAAAAUAACAACCAUGUAAACAGUUACUGGGUUUGUGUGCUCUUUGUGAGUUCCAGGAGCAUUUUCAUUUAAGGAACCAUAAAUGCUAUCUUAUUAAACAGCUAUAAAAAGAGCAAUUUUAAAGGGGACCUGGAUAUAAACAAAUGAAAAUAUAAUAAAGGGCAGCAGGCCUUGGUAGGCUUCCUAAGUGCCUAGCUAAUUUUAAAUUAGUUUCCUAAUUUUAGUUAGGGAACUGUGCACAGCCUCAGACCAUGCCUUCUGUAGGGAGAUGAAUACCUGUCAGAAGAUGCUAAUUAAAACAACAACAACAACAACAACAACAACAACAACAACAACUAUGUAGGUAGCUGUGAAUGGAGGUGUGCUCUUUAAAUUCCUUGCUGCAAUUCCCUCUUUGCGUGAGAGACAUAAGCAGUGAAUGCACUGUACAGAUUUUACAAGUAGGGACCAUGAUGCUCGAUGUAGUCAAGGGUUGGCUGACCAGUCACCUGUAACUGUCCUCAGAAUAGUGAGAAGCAUUGCACUGCUCUCUUAGGAAUGGACCAUAGCUCAGCCUUGUGUCCCAGAUUCAAUCCCCAGCAUCUCCAGGGAGGGCUCUCAUCUGAAAUCCAAGAGUGCUGCCACGAAUUGGUUUAGGCACUUCUGACCUCAGUGGAAUAACAGUCUCAUUCAGUAUCGAUUCUCAUGCUUCCACUUGUGUGAGUUCUUGUGCAAACAGGCAGACAUCACUGGAUUUCAGCAGAAGUCUAGUGUCCAAACCUUAUGAGGAAUGGUUGAGGGAAUUGGGCAUGCUUAACCUGGAAGGUGAAUUCUCUUUCAUUGGAAGAAGAGUUUGGAUUUGAUAUCCCAGUUUAUCACUACCCUAAGGAGUCUCAAAGCUGCUAACAAUCUCCUUUCCCUUCCUCCCCCACAACAAACACUCUGUGAGGUGAGUGAGGCUGAGAGACUUCAGAGAAGUGUGACUAGCCCAAGGUCACCCAGCAGCUGCAUGUGGAGGAGCAGGGAAGCGAACCCGGUUCACCAGAUUAUGAGUCCACCGCUCUUAACCACUACACCACACUGGGUGGCCAUCUGCCAUGGAUGCUUUAGCUGAGAUUCCUACAUUGCAGGGGGUUGGAUUAGCUGGUCCUCAGAGUCAUUCAUUUAGCAGUUGCUUUAUGCCUGGUAGAAGGAGGGGAAUUGGAAGGGAAUAAAUUCUCUCCAAAAUGCCCUGUAAAUGUAUGAAUGUUAAUAACCCUUGUAAGUUACACGCAAAAGACCCCCCAUUUAGGUGUCAUUCAAUCGAUUUGAGCAGCAGCUUCAUGGUAUCUUCAAAGAAAGAUAAUUAUAGUAUAGUUAAGUCAUUAAGCAGCAACAAUGACUCAAUGUUAACUUUCAGACGCACUUUUUAAAGGCUAUUUAGAGAACUUGCUGAUAUCAUGAAAAUGAUUAGCAUGACAAUAUCUUGCUCCCAUCAGCUACUCCUGAAGAAAGAGAAGAGCUCUAUUCAAUGGCAACUGCUCCCCCUAAAAUAUUUUCCUCCAACGUCUUCCCUAGUCACCAGCUGUUCUUUGGUCCAACCAACAAAGAUGGAAGUUGCUGGCCUAUGUGUUAGCUACACCUAAGCUGGAAUCAAGUCGGCUCUGUGAUUUGUGGCUCCAUGGGCCAAAUCUUUAUGUGGAUUGGCCUGAUAGGCUGCCCACUUGUCAAUCACCUGACAUCACAGUGGCAUCAAGUCAGAAGUGCUGCUAAAAUGGAGGGUUCCCGCUCCUUCGUUUUAGCAUGCAUACCCCUUCUGAAUCAGAAAGCAGUUUUCAACAGAAUCCCCUGCCAAAAGAAGGGAACAGGUGCAUGUAGCCAAAACAGGAUUUAACCAUGUCCUCCUGACCAUUAGAUGACAUCACAAAAUGUUCAUGUGGGCCAGAAUUUCCUCACCCUGACCUAUAUUAUUGCAUUACAUUAUUCUAUGAUUCUUUAGGUUUUCAAGCAGAUGUUGGGUGGUCAUCUGUCAUUGAUGCUUUAGUUGGAAUCUCCUUUCUUGUAACUUGAAGCCAUUGGUUUGAGUCCUAGCCUCUGGAGCAGGAGAAAACAAGCUUGCUGCAUCCUCCAUGUGAUAGCCCUUUAGGUAUUUGAAGAUGGCUAUUAUAUCUUCUCUCAGGCUAAAUAUACCCAGCUCCUUCAACCGUUCCUCAUAAGGCUAGACCCUUGAUUAUCUUAGUUGCCCUCCUUUGCACAUGUUCCAGCUUGUCAGCAUCCUUCUUAAAUCGUGGCGCCCAGAAUUGGACACAGUAUUCCAGGUGUGCUCUAACCAAGGCAGCAUAGAGCGGUACUAUUACAGGGGUACCUCGGGUUAAGAACUUAAUUCGUUAUGGAGGUCCGUUCUUAACCUGAAACUGUUCUUAACCUGAACUACCACUUUAGCUAAUGUGGCCUCCCGCUGCCACCACGCGAUUUCUGUUCUCAUCCUGAAGCAAAGUUCUUAACUGAGGUACUAUUUCUGGGUUAGCAGAGUCUGUAACCUGAAGCGUCUGUAACCCGAGGUACCACUGUACUUCCCUUGAUCUGGGCAUUAUACUUCUGUUGAUGCAGCCUAGAAUAGCAUUAGCUGCUGCUGCAUCGCACUGUUGACUCAUGUUAAGACCCCUAAUCAUUUUCACAUGUACUACUGGCAAGCCAGGUGUCCCCUGCCUUAUAUUUGUUCAGCUGCUUCUUCCUGCUAAAGUGUAGAACCCUACUGAAAUUCAUUUUGUAGUUUGGGCCCAGUUCUCCAAUCUGUUGAGGUCAUCUUGAAUCCUGAUUCUGUCUUCUGUGGCAUUUGGUGUCAUCUGCAAAUUGGAUGAGUAUCCAAAUAUGUUGAACAACAACGGACCUAGGACAGAACCUUGUGGCGUCCCACUUGUCGCUUUUUUCCAGGAUGACAAGGAACCAUAAAUGAGCACUCUUUGGGUUCGGUCAGCCAACCUAACAUAUCCACUAAAAAUAACCUCAUCCAGCCCAUGUUUUUCCAGCUUCUCCAGUUUCCCUGCCAGAAUUUCCACCUCAGUCCACAUUUGCUUUUGGCCCUGCCUAUCACUGCCAUGUGACCCCCCUAGACAUUUGCCCAAAUAGGAGUGCAAACCACAGGCUAAGAAACAUCAUGUCUUCCCACCUUAGAAAAUCUAGCCCUUGUCUCUCUGAGCUGAAACCUAUUUCCUGAAGGGAUGGCUUGAAGAAUUGUUUUCAAGCAUCCAUGAUUUUCAGUGAGAUCAGCCUAUAUACGGAACAAGGUACAAUGUCGUUAUAUGGUUUCAAUGCAACCAAGAUAUUGGCUUCAUGCAUUGAGCUUCGUUAUUUAUUAACCUCUUCAUUCAGCUUUAAGAAGAAAAGUUCUGGAAAGUUCCUGCAAGGAUUGGUGUGACUGAUUAAAAUCCACUAGGUCUAUUGUUAUUGUGCUUCUUUGACAGCUAGAAGAAUCUUUUCAUUCUUGUUCCACUAGGAGCAAUCUUCAAAAAUUGCUUCAUGUGGGAUCGUAACAGAAAGAAAAGGCAAUUGUACUUUUUUGGAAAAGAAAGGAAGAAGGAAAACCCACAAGUCCAUGCCUAACUGGUUCGGAUUGGUAAGAGGCCCAUAUACAGUAGAUGGGCCAGCCCUGAUUUCAGCUACAUAAAGAUCCACACUCAGAGAAUAAACUUUAGUAUGUAAGAUUUGGAUCAUAGUUGUUUGCAAGAUGAGUUUACUUUUCAAAUUCAACAUGGAACAAUAUAUCUCUAUGUCAGACAGAAGCUGCAAUCUUUUAUCCAUUAGGACUGCAACUUCGACAAAACAUUGAAGAAAACAUAGAUUUUAACAGAUGGGGAUCUCUGUAGUAUUUAGAUGUACAAAUAGCUGGAGAUGUAAAUGUCAAGGGAAAGAGGGACGAUACCUUGCUUGAUUGUUAGAUCUCUUGAUAGAAUUUGUAGAAUCAUGUGUUGGUUAUCCCAUGCCAUCCAGGUCAGCAAAAACAAGUGCUCUAGCCAUGAAGGUUCAUGACAGUUGAAUGAAUUUUAUUAUUAUGGUCACAGACCAGUUCUGGCUCACUUACAAUAUCAGGAAAAUCGUAAAACACAACAGGAAUACAUUGAAUUGCAAUUGGGUGUACAGAGACAAUUCAGAUAUAGUGGCAGAUAAAAAUAUACAUUAAAUCUUGAUCACUAAAAUAUAACCUAAAAUUGUCAUUUAAAACCUUGAUCAUUUUGGUAGUACAGCUUGUUCCCUAAGUUUUAUGGCAGUUGCACAGAAUUUGGCCACCCUUAGCGUGAUCUCUAGAUCCUUGUCUUCUACCAGGAGUUUUAGACAUAAGGUUCAUGACAGUUCAGAGAACUUUCUUUCUGAGAUAAUCUACUUCUAGGUUAAUGAAGAAAGUGUGAGAGUCCAAAGUCACUUCACAACACAGCAGAGUCAAACAACGCAAUGUGCAAAGUUCAAUAAAUAAAGAGGAGGCUGACAUCCUACACCAGGGGUAGGAAACCUCAGGCUGGGGGAUGGGGGCAGAUGUGGCCCUUGAAGACUGUCUACCUGGCCCUUGGGGGCUUUCCCCAUGCCUUCUCCCCAGCCAUGACCUCUGCUGACUAGCUGUGAUUCCUACGUUGCAGAAGAUAGGACUGAAUGACUCUUGGGGUCCCUGCCAACCCUUCGGUACUAUGAUUCCAGCAAUUGGUGAUUCAGAAGCAUUACUGCCUCUGGUCAUGGAAGCAGAGCAGAGCUAUCACAGCUAGCUGAUAGCUGUUCCACUGAUAGCCGUACCUAUGAUCAUGUGCUCUACCUCCACAACUUGGGGGCAGCCAUGCUUUUGAAGGCCAGUUGCUAGAAACCACAAAAGGAGAGAGGGAUCUUGAUCUCUGGUUGGCCACUGGAAGAACAGGAAGCUGGACCACCCAUUAGCCUGAUUCAGCAGAGUCCUUCUUAUGCACUUAUUUAUUUAUUAGAGUUAUCUACGACCGUUCAUUGUCUCAGGGCCAGUUAUGGUCCAGUGAAGCAGCUUAAUGGUCUAGUGAAGCAGCCAUGGCAGCAGGAGUGCCUGUCCCAAGGUUUUCACAGUGAUGUGUCUCUUCUUUUCAAUGUCCUCAGCCACCGCCUAGAGAAACGGAAGUGCAACACUGCCACGUGCGUGACACAGCGCCUGGCAGACUUCUUGGUCCGGUCCAGUAACUCCAUCGGUGCGAUCUAUUCGCCGACCAAUGUGGGGUCCAACACCUACGGCAAGAGAGACAGAGAGCCUCCAACCUAUCUACAGCUUUAACGUUGCAAGAUGGCGAGGAUCGCGGUCCUCCUUAGGGAUUCCCCCUCCCUCCCUCUGUUUGUUUGUUUUUUUAAUGUACGAGGACCUGAUCCUUCAAAGUCCUCCACCCAAGUUCUCUUUGUCUGAACGAGGCUGCCGCUCGGGCAAGCAGCCUGCGGAUUUGGCUGCCCACAUGACCCCUCUCCCUUUUGGUCAUUGAAUACCUGUCUAUCAUUCAGAGUGCCUUGUUUUCUUUGCGUGGUAUCUGAUGUAUGUGACUUUCAUGGAUUCGCCAUGCCUAUGUCUGUGUGUGUGAAGGAUGAAACACGUAGCGCUCCUGCAAUGUGGUUGUGAAACACCUCCCUUCAAAAGAAAAUAAACCUCACGCGC